GAGCGGAAGUUGACCAACCCGCGAUUCGGCUUCAUCAGAGAACCAGUCCCUCCCUAGCCAGUCACGCAAGGCAGUUUGUUUUAUUUUACGCACGGCGUUUCAGGGAUCACAUUUCAAUAUAUAUAAAAAGUUUUAGACUCUUUUUUGUUCUGCAUUAAUCACAAACACAAUGAGCAUCUCACACAAUAGAUGUUUAUCCACGUAAGCACUGAAUUUGACAUUCAUUGUCGACAACAACGAACUUCUAAAUGACGAAGACAGCUCGUACCUCGGAGGACGAAGUUGCUUGCUCUUUGGAUAUUGAGCGCGAAGCAGAAGUAGUAGUUACACCAACGAUGGACUGUUACCAGUUGAAAGAUUUUGAGGAUUCGGUGGUCUUUGAUGAGGAUUUUUCAGGAAGGAAUAAGAUGCGGCUGGAGACCUGCCUUGUUCGAUGCAAGGCUAAAUACGAGAAGGAAUUGGCAGACUCUCGUGCCGAAGUCCACAACCUGAGACAGGAGAACGAGCAGCUGAGGACAGGCCUGUUGAAGGCACAAGCUGAGGUUGCACGCAUGCGGAGCCAGCUGGACCAGCUCAGGCAGGAGUUCACUGAGAUGGCUACAUCAACACCCUUCGAUCAUUCUUCUUCAGACUGUAUAUUUGUAGAUCAGCCAUCAACCUGUGGAAUGCCAAGUUCUGAAAUGCCUGGACUUCUAAGGCCUACUCAGAAGCGGACCUUGUUUUUUAAAAGUGGAUUUUCAGACAGUGAGUCCAUUUUAGAUCCUUUGAGCAUAGAGGAGCGCGAUGACAGUGACAGGGAGGGGCCGCAGACUGCAUCUGCACUCAGCAAGCCAAGUUCUGAAAUCCCUGGACUUCUAAGGCCUACUCAGAAGCGGACCUUGUUUUUUAAAAGUGGACUGUCAGACAGUGAGUCCAUUUUAGAUCCUUUGAGCAUAGAGGAGCGCGAUGACGAUGACAAGGAGGGGCCACAGACUGUAGCUGCUCUCAGCAAGGUGGGGUUGUUGUGCAGAGCGGAGAAAGGCGCCCCUACUGGUAUGUGUCGCUUGGUGCUGGCAGGAGAUGUGGGCUCAGGGAAGUCCAGCUUCCUGCUGCGACUCAGUCACCACACCUUCAGAGAGGACAUGCUCUCCACUGUGGGGGUUGACUGCAAAGUGCAGCAUAUGGUCGUGGAAGGGAAGAGGAUGGCUUUACAAAUAUGGGACACGGCCGGACAAGAACGGUUUCAGAGCAUUUCCAGGUCAUACUUCCAGAAGGCUCAUGGCAUUCUCCUUCUCUAUGACCUCUCCAAUAAAAAGAGCUUCAUCAACAUCACUAAGUGGUUGGAGCAAAUUGAGGCCUGCACAGACACCGCUGUGCCCAUGUGCCUGGUGGGAAACAAGGCAGACCUGAGAGAGACCGUUCCAGAUGAGCAGUGUGUAAGUUGGGCCAGUGGCAUGCGUUUGGCCAAGGCAUGUGGGGCCCUGUUCUUAGAGACCAGUGCCAAAGAUGGAUCUAAUGUCGUGGAGGCCGUAUUGCACCUUGCAAGGGAGGUGAAGAAGGCGGGAAGGGCCAUGACGGACUCAAGUCUUCAGCUGUCCAGCCUGGGGGACAAGUAUGCUGCUGAGAGCAAAUGCUGCUGAGAGUUCACUGUCCUAAUCCAGCUCAUUGGCUUGUUUUUGAAAUAACAGUUUAUAUUAAUGCAAUUAGCAAUAAUACUCAGGUAGGCCGUGGCAUUUAAACGAUGCUCAAUUGGCACUAAGGGGCCCAAAGUGUGCCGAGAAAAUAUCCCCCACACCAUUACACCACCAGCCUGUGCAGGUGAUACAAGACAGGGAUGGAUCGUUCUCGGACCAUUCUCUGUAGACCCAAGAUAUUAUUGUAUGUGAAGAUCCCAGGAAUCAGCAGUUUCUGAAAUACUCAGACCAGCCCUUCUGUCAUCAACAAUCAUGCCACGUUCAAAGUCACUUAAAAUUACCCGUUGAGUGUAAUGUUAGUAUUGAUGUAUAAUGACCAUGUGAUUUAUUCUGUUUUAGCUCCGCACCAACACAUUUCAUUUCUAUUCGUUUCUAAUGUUGCAGCACUUGUACAGCACAAAAGGACACUUGUUUAGUGAGUUCACCAUUUAGAGUUGUUGAAUUUUUUUAUUUAUUUAUUUUUAAACCUGAUAAACUGUUUAUUGUGGCCAAAUAAAGUAUUUUUCUAUUCAUAAAAUCAGGAAGUAUUCAGAGUA